UAUCAACUGUCGGUACAAUUUGUUGAAACGCGUCAUUGAGGUGGUGCAGGAAGCUGGCUUACGUGCGCGGACUGGCCCGGGGAAGCUCCGUCAUUCACAUGUCACGCCCUGGUAACCGCCCCGCCUACCGCACCAACGUUGGCUUCACAUCGAAGCCCCACACACAUACUUCACCCACACUGUUACGUUUCAUGCUUCAUUCGCUAGCACAGCUCUCCCGGUUCGGGCUGUCAACUGUCGCUCCCUACUCCGCACUCGCACCCAAGCUACGACCCUGUGGCCACUUGCUCAAAGCCACGAAGCUCUACAGUAUGACAUCGAAUUCAGGCUCUCGCUUAAACGCCGCUGGACAACCCGACCGCGAGUUGCCCGGAGGGGAGCCGGAGAACUUUUCAGACCGCUGGGAGCGAGAAUGGAGCGCAGGCGUGGGCAAGGGCCAGCGCUGGGACUGCUCGGCGCCCUCGCCCUCGCUCGUGGACUUGCUGAAGAGCGGUAAAGUGAACGUCACGGGGCAACGCGUAUUCGUGCCUGGCUGCGGGCGCGGCUAUGACCUUCCCGUCUUCCGGACGGCUGGCGCGGCGCAGGUUGUGGGGCUGGAGCUGGCGCCCAGUGCGGUGCGGGAGGCGCAGGCCUACCUUGCAGAGCUGCAGCUGCCGGCUGCGGACGCUGCUGCGAUCGAGAUGAUUCCUGGCGACUUCUUCAAGUUUGCCGACCCGAAGGGCGCCUUCGACUUGGGCUUUGACUACACCUUCGGCUGCGCCAUGCAUCCCACCAUGCGUCUGGACUGGGCGGCGACCUGGGCCAAGAACGUCAAGUCGGGCGGCACGCUGGUGACGCUGGUGUUCCCGAUCAACCCGGCCGCGGACCCCAACGUGGGCCCGCCCUUUCCCAUCUCGCCGGCCCUGUUCCGCACACUCUUGGAGCCGGCUGGCUUCGAGGUUGUGUCCGAGGCGCCUGUGCCUGCAGAGCUCAGCCACCCGCCGCGUGUGGGCAAGGAGGUGUUGAUGGUGUGGCGCCGCAAAUGAGCCGGGCGCCUGAGCGCCUGAGCUGCGCAGCUACUGAGGCUCGGAUGAACAUUUUGCUUGGAGUAGUAAAAUGGUGUGCUCGGAGUGAGAAGAAUAUGCAAGAAGCGAGGACAAUAAGUGGUGAAAUCGAAGGAGUAGACACGAUAGUGGAGUGUGUUUUGAGCGGACACGCAGGCUGGCAGGCCUCCCCAAGGCCGAAAGCUGCUUGACGAAGUCAUUAGGCAUGCGCGCUUGGCAAGUUUGAGCAGCCAUGCCUACCGUUGUGGGAAGAAGUACGAGCAGCGCUCGUAUCUUCCUUCGUUCGGAACGAAAUUUGCCCAAAAAGGCCUCUGGCGGACGAAAUUUUUUUGAUCUUGACUUGGAAUUUCGGCCAAAACGCACGGGAUCUUGGGGGGUCUUUCGGCAAAGAGACGAAGACAUUUUUGGGAUUUCGGCCACUUGUGGCCAAGGACAGGGGGUUCCAGCGGCUACUCCACGGCCGAAACCUGCGUGGCAUAUGGUAAGAAGGCUCAAAGGGCUGUAUCUAUGGGUGUUGACGGCGGGAGACAGGGGUUACUCUGGCGGGAGAGUGAGGUUGGGUCGGCGGGAAGCAGGGGAGGAGUGGGCGUGUCGUGUCGGUGUCGACAUCGUGCGGGUUGGGGGCGGAGCCCCCGGAAAAAUUUUGGGGGUGAACGAAGCGGCGGCAGCCUGUUUCGUCAACUGAACGAAGCCAAUCUAAGGAAUUCGGCCACUGACGCCGCCCCUGCCUUCGUAAGAUACGAGCGCUGAGUACGAGGUCUGCACUUCUGUAAUCUCUACGUCGA